AUGCCGACGUUGCGCGAGUUUCUGGAGCGCGGCCUGUGGACCAUUGACAUUGCCGAGCCACAGGAGGUGCUGCCCUACGACCACCCGCGGUACAUGCCUGAACCGCCCAACAUUGCGCGCCCACCCUCGGCGCAAGCGAUCAAGGUCCUCGAGGCGACACCCCAGCGACGGUUUGUGAUCAACAUUGACGUCGACCAGGUCAAGGCGCUCUCGGACCAGCUGGAAUCACACCUCAAGCUGGACAUGCCCGUGCCCAGCGAGGUCGUCACGGCGCACGCCAACGCCGAGGCGUCGUCGCAGUGUCUCGCGCCGCUCCACCAGACCAACUGCCACAGCGCCGUGUCGCACGCGUACGGCGUGGUCAACAGCAUCGUCGCCGACACGUAUCUGCGCAAAGACCCGGGCGAGGCACACCUCUGGUCCAUGUGGAACAUGGAAAACGACUCGACGUACCUCGCCUCGGGCCUCGCGGGCAACCCGACGUCGAGGACGGGUAUCGCCGACGCGGCAUGCAUCAUGAACCGUGGCUCGACGUAUGGUGCUAGAGGCCUGGUCGUCUGCAAGCUCGCGAGCCAGCUGACCCCCGAAGAGCGCGCGUCCAGGCUCGUGGGCUUUGCCAAGACGCUGUCCUCGGCGGACGGCAUGCAGAUCUACCUGUCGAGCGCGACCGACCAGGUCCGCUGUUGGAACUCUAUGGUCGUGAACCGGCAGGCCAAGUUCUGGGCCGACCUCAUGACAGAGAUGUGGGAGAUGAUGCACAUCUACCGCUGCGAUUCGAUUCUCUUCACGUCGUGGAACCGCGCGGGUCUUCUGCGCCGUUCCGGCGUACAGAACAUUACGUUCGCGCCCGUCACGGGCGCCGGGUGUCCCGACACGGCGGCGUCUGUCAACAUGCUCCAGGCGCUGCUCGCCAUGGCGCUGUGCCGCCUGCAAGACCCCGUGGGCCGGUGGACGGAUUUCGACGGCGGCGUCCCAGCCAAGAUCCCGCGGCCGCCAAAGGUGCCCGUCGAGCAGACCGAGUCGCUGCCGCCCACGCUUCCAGUAGACAUUUACGGCAUGGAGCGCGCGCAGUGCGUCGAGGCGCACAUGUUCCAGACGUACCCGGACGACGACGACGCGCUCCUCUCCUUCCUCUCGGGGCCCGACGACGGCCAUGUCCUGCACCUCGGGGCGCUGGUCACCAACGAGGGGCCCGUGGCCAUCCACCGCGUCGUCGACACGACGCUGGCGUCGGGCCCCGAACGCUUCGUUGCCAAAGUGGUCAAGCUCGGCAACAUUCCCAUCCACGACUCAAAGUCGAUGGUGUCGCGCGCCGCCACGCGGGCCAGGAUGAUCAACGAGGCCAACCUGUUCUGCGGGCCGCUGGCACACUUGCAAGGGACGGUGGUGACGCGCUUCCACGGCCUCUUUGAGGGAUACUAUGGCCCCGACCGCGCGCCGCUCAUGAUCAUGCUCCUGGAAGACGUCGGGAGCCAGGUGGCCACGUUCAACUCGGAGGUGGACAAGAAGACGGCCCUCCGCAUCAUCCCGCUGUACCAGGCCCUCUUUGACGCCCACGUCGUGCACGGCGACAUGGGCGUGCACCAUAUCAUGCUGCGGCCGUGCGACGACUCGCUGCGCAUCGUGUCGUUCAUGGACUCGUGGACUGUCAACCCGCGCAAACCGCGCGAAAUGGCAGACCUGCUCGACGCCAUGCGCUCGGUCUAUCGCGAGUGGGACCUCGACGUGCCCGAGCACUUGCAACACAUCCGGCCGCCAUGGGAGCUGCCGGAGGACGAGGACGACGAGGUCGACGAGGUGCACGCAGAGGCGGAGGCAGAGAUACCGGACCUGGUGAAUGGCCUGGAAACAACGUCCAUCGCGUCGUCGCCGGCCACGACCCCGCACCACGAGCACCAAGUACACCACCUAGACGGCACAGAUCUCGGCGUCGGUCUCGACGUCGGUCUCGGUCUCGGCCUGGGUCUCGGCGUCAAGGGCUUCUCCCUGGGCUCCUCUGUCCACGGCAUCGCAGCGAACGGGUAUGCCGCCGAGGACGCCGACGCCGCACAGGUCAUGUACCAGGCGCCAACACCAAAGAUGGGCGCGACGCCCACGCUCGACGCCGCCGCGCUAGACGCCACGCCCAAGGUGCGCGCGAGUGCGAGGAUGGGCGGGUCGCCCAUGAGCCCCGCAACGCCGGUGAUGCGGCCCGAGGUCAACCAGUGUUUGGCGGGGAUGUGA